AUGCAUCACUCUGUAGGGGUUUUGGAUCUUUUAAAUAGCCAACAGUAUGAGAGUUUGUCACCAUCAGUUCCUAUUGUUAGUUCCCAAUGGAGUGAAGAUCCAAGCCAAACUGAACACACACCUGAAGACAUAUCUGCUCCAAAGACAAAACUCCUGCUCUCGAAAGCAGCACAAAACGCAUUACCGGUGGGAGAAAACCUUCUUCACAGACAAGUGAAUGAUUCCGUAAAGUGUCCCUACUGUGACCAGGAUGAAUCAGUACUCCAUCUCCUAUUCAAAUGCCCUUUUGCGGCUAAAACUUGGCAGCUAGCACCUACAACUACAACACUAAGUCCCCUGGCCAUCAUCGAUGUGAAGGAUGGAAUUCGCCUGGCAAACUCCCUCUUGUGCCUCCCUCCGACAGGACUGAAUGCUGGACCGAUUUCCCCUUGGAUUAUUUGGACAAUUUGGACAGCUCGUAACAAGCUUAUAUUCAACAAACAGAAAACCUCCCCAGAAGAAGCGAUUUUACUCGCUCUCGUAAGGGCAAAAGAAUGGCAAUCAGCCCAAAGCACGUUAGAGAAGAUCUGUUCGCCAACUCAACCCCUAAUCAAGCCUCCGAUACCAAUGAACGCCCUAACCUGUUUCACAGAUGCGGCUUGGAAGGAUGAUGGGUGUGCGGGCCUAGGCUGGGUUUUUAUGAACUCACAAGAGCAAGUAUCUUGUGAAGGAUCAUCAUGUGUACUAUCUGUCUCUUCUCCCUUGAUGGCCGAAGCUAUGGCAACACUAGCUGCGCUAUGUGUUGCAGUCGAAUCGGACCUCAAGACCAUCCAAUUUGCAUCAGACUCGCAGAUGCUAGUCAAUGCACUCAAUGGGAAGCUCUCUUCUAAGGAACUUCAUGGGAUUCUCUACGACAUCCUUGAACUAUCAGCAAAUCUAUCUUUCGUUUCUUACUCUUUCAUUCCCAGAAACUUCAAUCGGCAUGCCGAUGCUUUAGCUAAAGAGGCCCUUAAUGGGCUGAUUAUUGUAACUUAA